UAGGUAAGCAUCAUAAAUUACUUCAAUCUAAGCCCCAUUGAAAUUUUGAUUUGUUUUAAGCCAGGUCUGUUUAUAGACGAAGAGAAGAGCCACAGUUUUUAAAUCUGGCUAAACCAAAGAAAUAUGGAGAUAGGAGGAUGAAAAGGAACAAGGCAUUACCCUCAUUGAAAAAGCAAGCCAAAAAUCUCAAGAGCUACAUGAACUUGAAUUCAAUUUCAAUAAUACUGCAAGUUCUGACUCAUAUUUAUGGUUUCAGCAAAUACUUUACUGAAGGGAACUUUUACAGACUUAAUAAAGGGAGUCGGUUUAAAGGAAAGCUAGCUAAUGCAUUUAGCCAAUUUAUCUCCUUCAUGCAGAUGGCUCAAUCAAGCUCAUACUCUGAGAUGACGACUGUGUUCGAACUUGCAGAGCACUUUCAGCCGAAAUUUAAAAAAUUUUAUAAAAGAGACCCUUAUGAAGUUUUGGAUUUCAUAAUUUGGGGACUUCAUGAAGAAUGUAACCGAUCUGCUCUCAGAAAGUACAGGUCGCUGGAAGAUCUAAGAUUUGACAGUUCUGAAGCUGAAGAACCUCCUAAAAAUGAUAGCCAUGUGCUUGAUAACUUCGAAGGAGAGCUUUACAUUGAAAUGAAAUGAUACGAUUGUGGAUGGCUCCAAAAAGGGUAUGAAAAAUUUACCUCUCUCAGCCUUCCCUUUCCUCAAACUGAUGAGGAAGAGUUCACUCUUGAUGACUGAAUAUCAGAGUUCCUCUCUUGUUAUCAGGUGAAAAUGAAAAAGAAUGUAUUCUUUUGUGAUCGGUGAUGGGAUCAAACAACUCAUAUUAAAACAGUGUAUUUUCACCACCUUCCAAAAGUCUUAGCAAUUAGAAUUGACAGGUUUGGAAAAGAUUACCCUGAGAGAAGGAAUAAUCUGUCCCCAAUUAACUUCACUGCAAAAUUAGAUCUCUACGACGAGACUUACAAGGGGAGAUCGAAGUAUGAAUUAUCUUCAUCUCAAAGCUAUUCCACAAAGUAUUCAAUCAAUGCUGUAAUAGAGCAUAUGGGGCUCGUCUCUAGUAACCAGUUCCAACUCUUUUUCAAAAAUGCAGGAUACUGGUACAAAUAUUUUGGCCACAGCAGAGUUGAAAGAGCAGCUGCUGAUAACUCAGAUAUUGGUUUGCAAUAUGAAAAUAACACUCAUGCAUAUAUGUUCUUUUAUGAACAACAAGAUAUGUCAUAG